AUGCUGCUGCGGGUGCGCGCUGCCGUGGCGCAGCUGGCGGCGGGGCUGGGAGCGCAGCCCCCCGCAGAACCCCGGGGCGCCGGGGCCGGCCGGGGAUCGCCGCCGCCGGCCGCGUUCUGCCGGCCGGCCUUCCUGCAGCUGACUCCCGAGGAGCUGCGCCGCGCCGAUGACCACACGGGGCGGGCGGUGCAGAGCCCCCGGGACGGCCGCGGCCGCCUGCCCUGGAGCACGGGCUACGCAGAGGUGAUAAAUGCAGGGAAGAGCCAGCACAACGAGGACCAGGCAUGCUGUGAGGUGGUGUUUGUGGAGCAGAGGCCCAGCCCAAGGGGCUGGCUGUCAUCCAGGGAAGGCAGCGGGGAGCUGGAUGGGGGCAGGAAAGGUUUUUAUUUCCACUACUGGGCCUUGUUUGAUGGCCAUGCGGGCAGCGGUGCUGCUGUCAUGGCAUCUGAGAGGCUCCACCUGCACAUCUGUGAGCAGCUCCGGGACCUGGUGGAGAUCCUGCAGGACCCCUCCCCACCUCCCAUCUGCCUCCUGCACGAUGCAAAGACCGGUUCUGCAGAUCCAAACCAGGUGUCCUGCACAGAGGACCAUGGGGAGGUCCCAAACGAUGCUGUGCCACGGUUUCACCUGGAGAAAGCAGUGUCCCAUGAGAGCCUGGUGAUCGGUGCUAUUGAGAAUGCCUUUAAGCACAUGGACGACCAGAUUGAGCGGGAGCGGGCGUCCCAGCACCUUGCUGGGGGGUGCUGUGCCCUGGCUGCCAUCUACCUCAUGGGCAAGUUCUACGUGGCCAACGCUGGUGACAGCAGGGCCAUUAUCAUCCGUAAUGGGGAAAUCAUUCCAAUGUCCAGGGAGUUUACUCCAGAGACAGAGAGGCAGAGGCUGCAGUUUUUAGCAUUGCUAAGGCCCGAGCUGCUGGGGAAGGAGUUCACCCACCUGGAGUUCCCCCGCAGGGUCCAGCCCAAGGAGCUGGGGAAGAAGAUGCUCUACAGAGACCAGAACAUGAACGGCUGGGCUUACAAAAAGAUAGAAGAGGAUGACUUGAAGUUUCCACUUAUCUUUGGGGAAGGCAAAAAGGCUCGGAUGAUGGCCACAAUUGGGGUCACGAGAGGCCUGGGAGACCAUGACCUCAAGGUGUUCAGCUCCAACAUCCACAUCAAGCCUUUCCUGUCCUGCUUCCCAGAGGUCAGGGUUUAUGACCUCACGCAGUAUGAGCACUGCCCUGACGAUGUCCUGGUGCUGGGCACCGACGGGCUCUGGGAUGUCACCAAUGACGAGGAGGUGGCUGGUGUGGUGAUGGAGGUACUGACGAGCUACGAGCCCAAUGACCCGUGCAGGUACACCAUGGUGGCCCAGGAGCUGGUGGUGCGGUCACGGGGGGUACUGAAGGAGCGGGGCUGGCGGCUGGCCAACGACAAGCUGGGCUCUGGUGACGACAUUUCUGUUUUUGUGAUCCCCCUGGGUGGCCCCGGCAACUACACAUGA